AUGUCGGAAUAUAAGGGGAAAACUAUCGCCCUUAUAUCACAGGCAGAUAUUCGUUACGUGGGAUCACUUGAAGACAUAGAUGCCGAUAAAGGGACAAUUUCACUUGAGAAUGUGAGGUGUCUCGGAACAGAGGAUAGAGUUUUGGACCCAGCCAAGGUCCUAUAUCCGUCUCCGGAGGUUUAUGAGCAUUUCCAACUUACAGGAAGCAGUGUGAAGACUUUAAACAUAUUGGAUAUUCCCGUUGAACAAGUCCAGCCAGUUCCAGUUCCUAGAAUUGGCCCUUUUGCACAAAUGGGAUUCGGAUUCCCCGUGGGAUUUCAGCCACAGGGGGUGCCUAACGGGCAGCAAGGUUAUGGGGCUGCACAGCCACAAAAUGCACAGCCGCAGCCACAGCAACAACAGAAUGUGAAAGGAGAGGACAAGAAGGUUGCAGGUGGCGAAAGAGAGGUGGGAAAGGGUGUUAACAAGGGGAUGGAGAAGAGGGCAGGAAAAGAGACAUUAAAAAAAGCAGAGAAGGAGACAUUUAAAGAAACAGAGAAGGAAACACUUGAGGAAACAGGAAAAGGGAAGAGUGAAAAACAGCACGGGGCAAAGGAAACGGAAUCAACCACACCCUCAAACAAAUCAGUUGUUUACGAGCAAGAAAAGAAACCAGAGGCUGUUGAUUCGGAAUUCGACUUCGACUCGAACAACGCGAAAUUCCAAGAAAUCGAGAAGAAAGAACAAGGUGACAGUGUCAAAGGCGAUAGUGAGCAGUUUUACAACAAGAAAACGUCCUUUUUCGACAAUUUGUCGACGUCUACUCAGCAAUCGGAGCAUGAGAGAGUGAAGUGGUCGGUGGAAAGAGAGAAGAACAUGGAUACUUUUGGAGAAGCAUCCACCUAUAGAGGAGGAAGAGGCAGAGGAAGAGGUAGGGGGUAUGGAUAUGGAUACAGGGGAGGUAGAGGAAGAGGUUAUGGGUAUAGAGGCCGUGGAAGAGGAAGAGGAAGAGGAAGAUACAACAAUAGAGACAGAGAGGGGGAGAACCGGGAGGAGGAUCAACAAACUGGGGAUGCAGGAAGUAAGGAGAACACACAGUGGUCGUUUUGA